AAUCUAUCUCUAUCUAUCUAUCUAUCUAUCUAUCUAUCUAUCUAUCUAUCUAUCUAUCUAUCAUCUAUCUACUUAACUCUCCAAAAUCUGAACCAAAAGGAGUAUCCUAUCCAUAUUAUCUUGCACUUACUUUUCCCCCCACAGAUCAUCAUUCUUUUUAAUAGCUGUUAAAUAAGUUAAUAUUUGUAACACACUGGAGCAAUGCUUGGUGUGUAACAAGCACUCCAUAUUUGUUAAACGAAUGAAAAUUGCUGUUUGGUACUCCGUUACAUGGAUAUAUCCUACUUUAUUUUACUAUUUAUGGGCGCCCCUGUUACAUCAGUUGCUGUAACAAACAACGCAGAAACAAACAUCCUUAUAUGGACAUCCUGGGGACUCGACUCUGGUCAUCAGUACCAAAGCAUGGUAAUCUGUACUGGACUUAGAGUGAUGACAGUGGGCAUGGGGCCAAAGGGACUAGAAGGGGAAAGUUGCUGAUUAGGUAAAAGCAGGAAACAGGACUGGGACUGGGAAUUUUGCCUGGGACCUAGAGUCACAGGAUUAAAGAUCUUAGAUCUAGAAGGAACCUUAGGAGGUCGUUUGUUCCAGUUUCUGGGCAAGGAACGUAUCACAUCUGUGGUUCCCAAGUUGUGCCCUGAGCCCUAGGGAGCCACAGUGAACUCACUGGAAAGGUGUAUGUAUGGGGCUGCAAGAUCUUUAACAUUUUUGACAAGAAUAGUGAUAUCUGACAUGUCUCGGACUCUGUGUAAACGACUGGCUCGAGCUAGCUUACAGUUUAACAUUAAUCUUACUACAUUCCUUUUGAUGAUGAUAUAAUCUGUGGAGCCGAGCUUUUGGCGGUUGCCGUGAUACAGCAAGUUCUGCGCACCAUGAACGUGGGCUGGGAGUGAGCACGGCCCUGUCCAGUCUGACUCCGACGUUUCAGAAGUUGUGCGGUGCCCAGCCAGCCGUUGCACACAUCCCAUUAGUCAGUAACUGGUUAAGAAUGAAAAACAUAUUUUUUCUUUCAGUGUGUGUGUUAUUUUUUUUCAAACAGCUACUAAUGAGGACAUAAAUGCUUAUUAAGUUGUUUGAACCUGGCUAUGUAAUUAACAGAACUGCUAGGGUAUUUCUUUUGGCCUGGAGUGCUGUCAGGGAAUUACUAAAACACUAAGGGUGCCGUGAGUUGAAAAAGCUUGGGAACAACCGAUUUAUAUACUUUAUCCAUCAGCUGCAAGUGAGAGAAACCAAACUGACCCUGCUCGAGCAAAACCAGAAAUCACUGGCUUAUAAUUUGGGAUGCCCUGGUUUGCAGACAGUGUCAGUCUGAGCUGGGUUCAAGUGCCCAAAUGAAGUAACAAGGCUCCAGUUCUCGAUUCAUCACUAGCACAGGCGCUCCACAUGUGGGUGACAUAGCCCCACCCCCGUCCUUUCCACACUCACACCCUUCAGGUUAGCAUCCCAGCAGAAAGAGUCAUCUUUCCCCAUAGCUUGUGCACAGAAGCCCUGGGAGGACGUUGGUCCACCUAACCUGGGUUGCUGUGGAGAUUUGCAAUGACCAAGCCUCAGCCCCACAUCCAUCUCUGUGCUCAGGCGAGCGCCCUAAGGCGCGGAAUAUGUAGGUUCUUCGCAGGAAAGGGGGGGGUUCUGUGACCAGGAGAAUGGGAGAAGGGGUACAGGACCAAAAGCAACGAAUCUCCCGUUUUACAGGAGAGGGAACAGACUGGGAAUAUGACAGUUUAAGUCAAACAUGGAGGCUCCAGAGUCCCACCCAUCUGGCUUCAUUCACUUCCUUGGGCAAAUUAACUACAUCUACGACCGUUUAAGGCGAUAGAGUCCUCAUCUCGAAAAUGGGAAUAACUGAAGAUAAAGCCCAAGAAAGAAAAAAGCCCCAACAAUAGUCCCCACCCCCUAGGGUUGGUGGUUGAAGUGAAGACUAAAUGAGGUAGCACCUGUAAGUGCCUGGCACCGUGCCUGGCACAUAGGGAGCCCUCGGUACACGAGGCCACUGUUAUUACUGACCGAGCAGCCUUAAAGGUCUCACAGCUGGCAGGUGGCCCAAGUUUCUGACCCCUGGAGCAGGUUUCCUUGCGACUAGGGAGGCAGGGAGAGGGUACAAAACGGUGACUGCCUCUUCCUGUCUGUUGCAGAGUGAAGCAUGGAUGCCGUCAGCCAGGUCCCCAUGGAAGUCGUGCUCCCCAAGCACAUCCUGGACGUCUGGGUCAUUGUCCUCAUCAUCCUGGCCACCAUUGUCAUCAUGACCUCCUUGUUGCUGUGCCCGGCCACUGCGGUCAUCAUCUACCGCAUGCGGACUCACCCUGUCCUCAACGGGGCUGUCUGAGAA